AUGGAUCGAGCAACUGGAUCAAUCUCACAUCCGCCAUACUUUGAUGGUGAGAACUAUGCUGCUUGGAAAGCAAAGAUGAAGGCGUUUCUUUGGUCACUAGAUGCUUGUGUUUGGAACACGGUAGUUUUUGGUUACUCUCCUCCAACCAAAACUAUAAUAAACAAAUCAAAGACAAUGUCUGAUGAAGGUAAGGGAGAUAGUGAUGUUGUCACUGAGGAAGUUGUUUUCAAACCUCAUGAAGAAUGGACACUAGCUGAGCAAACUCACUCCAUGAAUAAUCAAAAAGGAUUAAAUGCUCUAUUUACUACCUUAUCUCCUGAUCAAUUCUCUAAUAUUUCAAAUUGUGAGACCUCCAAGGAGGCUUGGGAUAUCUUGCAGGUCACAUAUGAAGGAACAAAUGCUGUUAAAGAGUCAAAGCUUCAAAGGUAUGUCACUCAAUUUGAAAUUAUUAGAAUGGAAGAAGAUGAAACCUUUUCUGAUUUCUAUGCGAAGUUAAAUAGUAUUGUCAAUGCUUGUGCUAAUCUUGGAGAUAAAAUUCCUGAAUCUAGAGUUGUCAAAAAGGUACUUAGAUCACUAUCUACUAGGUUUCAACCUAAGAAAACUGCAAUUGAAGAAGUUAGGGACUUAAACACAAUGAAAAUUGCAGAAUUAGUUGGGUCUUUGAAAACCUAUGAAAUGGAACUUCCUACUAUGAAAAGGAGUAAAAACAUUGCUCUAAAAGCUGUAAAAGAAGAAUGUGAAGAAAGUGAGGAAAUUGGUGAUGAGGAAUUUGCUCUAAUCACUAGACAGUUUCAAAAAUUUCUCAAGAGUAAAAACUUUAAGGGAAAAGGAACGAGUUCAGGAUCUAAACCCUUUAAGUCAAACAACUUUAAUUCUGAAAAUGGUUCCAGACUUGUUAAACAAACUGAGGGUCGAAAAUGUUAUGAAUGUCAGGGUUUUGGACAUGAGGCAAAAGAAUGUGCUAAUACCUUGAAGAAAUUAAAAUCUGAAAAAAAAAACAAAGCCAUGAAGAGUACUUGGAGUGAUAGUGAUCAAUCAUAUUCAGAUUCGAACAGUGAGGUAGUUGCAUUUGUGGGAUUUGCAAAUAUCAAUGAUCUAGAGGAAUCUGAUAGUCAGGAGCUUGAUGCGGAAGAAAUACUUCAAAAAUAUAAUGAACUUUAUCAUGUCUCUAUCAAAAUUAGAAAGCAUAGUUCUGAUAUGAAAGAAAAAUUGAAAAAUCUGGAAACUGAGAAAAGUAAGAUCGAAACUGUGUUUCAAUCUCGUUUGUCUGAACUUGAGAAAGAAAACAAGUCACUGACUUCACAACUUGAGGCUUCUAAAGAAAAAAACAUAAGAUUAACCAUUGGCACAGAAAAGAUUGACAAAAUGCUCAGUAUUGGAAAAUCCAGUGGAGAUAAAACUGGUUUGGGUUUUGAUGGUUCUACCAAUAGUUCUUCGGGAACAACAUUCGUGAAAGCUUCAGUACGUACACAACUCUCAAAUCUCUUGAGAGAAGCGAAUAGGUUGUCUAAACUUGUUCAUAUUCCAAAUUCAUGGUUGCCUAAGAUGAAACUUGUGAUAAGGUGGUUUCAGACGUUCUCAGAUAAAAAGGUAAGAGGCACGGUAACCUUUGGUGAUGGUAAGAAAGCCAAGGUUUCAGGUGAAGGUACGGUUACAGCACCUGGUUUACCUGCUUUGCAUAAUGUUUUACUUGUUGAAAACCUUACUGCAAACCUUAUGAGUAUUAGUCAACUAUGUGAUGAUUUUGGUAAGGUUAUAUUUGAUGAAAUUGAAUGCAUAGGUUGA